GACACUGCCCCGGCGGCCGGAGCGAUGAAGAUGGUCGCGCCCUGGAGGAGGUUCUACUCCAACAGCUGCUGCCUGUGCUGCCAUGUCCGCACUGGCACCAUCCUGCUUGGCGUCUGGUACCUGAUCAUCAAUGCUGUGGUACUGCGGAUUUUAUUGAGCGCCCUGGCUGACCCAGAUCAGCAACACUUUUCAAGUUCUGAACUGGAAGGUGACUUUGAGUUCAUGGAUGAUGCCAACAUGUGCAUCGCUAUUGCAAUUUCUUUUCUCAUGAUCCUGAUAUGUGCAAUGGCUACGUAUGGAGCAUAUAAGCAGCGUGCUGCCUGGAUUGUCCCGUUCUUCUGUUACCAGAUCUUUGACUUUGCCCUGAACGCCUUGGUUGCAGUCACUGUGCUCGUCUAUCCAAACUCCAUCCAGGAGUGCAUACGGCAGCUGCGUCCUAAUUUUCCCUACAAAGAUGAUAUCAUGUCUGUGAAUCCUACCUGUUUGGUCCUUUUUAUUCUUCUGUUCAUUAGCAUUAUCUUGACUUUUAAGGGUUACUUGAUUAACUGUUGGAACUGCUACCGAUCCAUCAAUGGCAGGAACUCGUCUGACAUCCUGGUUUAUGUCACCAGCAAUGACACUUUGGUGCUGUUACCCCUGUACGAAGAUGCUGCUGUGACCGGCACUGCAAAGGAGCCGCCGCCACCUUACCUGUCAGCCUGAGCCUAAGAGUGGGGUGGGGCAGAGAGCAUCAGCUUUGCUUUUCAGAUGUCUGAGCAACAGUUCUAUUAUUUCACUCUUGAGAUGAGCUCUGAGUUUGUUGCUGAAAUGCUACAUUGUAAAAUUU